AUGUUGGGAAAGAUUGCCCUAGAAGAAGCAUUUGCUCUUCCCCGUUUCCAGGAGCGUACAAGGUGGUGGGCUUCGUUGUUCGCUGUUGACGCCGAAAAGCAUGCUUUCGAAAUCACCGACAUCACUGAUCAGCGGAUCAAGUAUAUGGAUGAGUACGGUGUAGGAUACACCAUCCUGUCGUACACAGCUCCCGGUGUACAGGACAUCUGGGAUGCAAAAGAGGCUCAUGCAUUGGCUGUUGAGAUCAAUGAUUAUAUUGGUCCUUUCCUCAAGCAACAUCCUGAUCGAUUCGGUGCCUUUGCUACACUAUCAAUGCACGAUCCACGACAAGCAGCCGAUGAACUCCGACGUACUGUCACUCAGUAUGGCUUCAAAGGUGCACUGGUCAAUGAUACGCAACGUUCGGGCCCAGAUGGUGAUGAUAUGAUCUUCUAUGACGGUCCAGAAUGGGACGUAUUCUGGUCAACAGUCACUGAACUCGAUGUCCCAUUCUACCUCCACCCUCGUAAUCCUACGGGGACGAUUCAUGACAAGCUCUGGGCCAAGAGAAAGUGGCUUAUUGGUCCACCAUUGAGUUUCGCGCAGGGAGUUAGUCUCCAUCUCCUGGGGAUGGUUACUAAUGGUGUCUUUGAUCGUCAUCCAAAUCUACAGGUCAUCGUUGGACAUCUCGGUGAACAUCUCCCCUUUGACCUAUGGAGAAUUAACCACUGGUUCGAGGACGUCAAGAAACCACUAGGUUUAAAAGAGACUUGCAAAAAGACCAUCAGAGAAUACUUUGAACGCAAUAUCUGGAUUACUACCAGUGGCCACUUCUCGACUCCGACAUUGCAGUAUUGUAUCAACGAGGUUGGUGCGGAUCGUAUCUUAUUCUCGAUUGAUUAUCCCUUUGAGAGUUUCAAGGAUGGGUGUGUUUGGUAUGAUAGGGAUGUGGAGUUGAAUCAGGCAGACUAUAGGAAGAUUGGAAAAGAGAACGCUCGCAGGUUGUUCAAGAUUGAUGAUUACAAAGAUGCAGAUGCAUAG